GCGGGUGACAGUGACACUGGCGUCUCUUCACUUGGCAGGUCGUUAUCAGCCGGGGUUUCCCUUGUCUCUCCCUGCUGAACGCUGACCGCUCAUUAUCCGCCGUUAACCCACUACUUAGCGCCGCUUAUUAGGCCUCUCCAAUCUCCAUCCCGAGUGCGCACUUCGCGCGGCUAGUUAACGGGACGCCGCAGCUAUAAAAGGACGCACGACACACACGUGCAUCUUCCUUUCGCGUUGUUCUUCCCUCCUGAUUCCACUAGUACUGUCUUCACGGCACGUCCGUUUUCCUGUGCACUCCGGUAUUUGUGCCAAGUUUAUCAACACCAGCGUCCUUAGAUCCGUUUCCGUUUGCGCGUCAGCGUUCAGAAUUAAUAUUAGCCGUUUUAAGUGAAGCCGAAAUGGAUUUUUCAUCGAUGACCUCGUGCAUCUUCCUGCUUGCCACUUUCGCCCGUGUUUUCUCCUAUCCUAUGGCAGCGCAUGACACUUCCGCCGGCCCAUCCCGACUGGAAAACGGCACACCUUGCAACGACGUCGGGGAGAUUUUCAGCGAUGACCCAUGCCGACCCUGGUGCAUCUGCAAGGACGGCGCGGUCAUGUGCGCCGAAAUAUUCUGCAACAACGAUGUACCAAAAACCUGCGGAAAAAUUGCCGUUAAUGGGCGCUGCUGUCCGACUUAUGUCUGUGUGCACACCAAUGGAACGGCGACGAUGCACUAUCCGUUGCCGUUGACGGUGGUGCCGCCAAGUAUGUACGAAGAGGAGAACGGAAUGUUCAAGGACACUAAGCGAAGCCUGCUGCAUGCCGGACACCGGUCACGCGGCGGCCUGGUCAACUUGGCGUGAGACAAUUCAGUUAAACCUUUGAUAUCUCGGAUAUACGGAAGUACCUCCCAGCGUAUUUAUUACUGUAUAAAGUAUUCGUCUGCGGCAGCGGCUGCCCCGGGGUGGCUGAGUGGACCAGGGAUGUUCAGUUGGUUGGUAUUGAGGCGGGAUGACCUUUUCGGCAUCCGAGCCGAUUAGUGGGAGCGGAUGGGUGCAGCUGUAGCGGCCUGCCGGGCUGUCGCUGGUAUUAUGUCCAUGAUAAUUCCAUUGUUUGUUCCUCUCGGCUUUCCUUAGAUGAGCCCUGUUUUCGCAUUAAUGAUAAAUUACAUUCGCUCGCCGUUUCAGUGUCACGCUAACCAUGAUUAAUCUUUCUUGGUAUUUCAUGUCCAUUUCUAACGGCUGUUUAUCAAAGGCGGCAUUAAAGAAGUCGAUUUAUUAAUCUUUUAUGUAAGCAUGUAUGGUUUCCUUACAUGUCCGGUUUGUAUCGGUUUGCAACAAAUGCAGUAUUGGUUAUGACAAGAGGCAGCGACGCUAGACAUGUUGUCAUUGAGAAAAGCAAUAAAGAUGCUUCUAACUAACAA